AUGCUGUCUCCAAGGAGGAAACGGGACAUUGCCGUCCUGACACUGAUCUUCAGCGCAGGAGCCGACUUCACGCUGGAAGACAGCUGUAAGCGAUCUCGAAAACCCAGCACUGCUGUUUGUGUGGAGUCUGAACAGAACAGCGCGUGGAUUGCACAGCGCAGAGACCGGACAACUGGAGGGCUUCCAAACCCUACCGAAGCGGAGUUGGGUUUCCCCCUCAGCAGUUACACUGAAACUGUUCCAAGCAGAGCACACGACGAGUGCGCACACUGUCGAACAUACACAGAGAAAGCGGCGUUCGGAAAAGCCCAAGGCACGGUCAGGCUGCAGCAGGGCAGAAAGUGGAAGCCGAGAUGCAGAUCUAUCGAUCUUUACAAGAUAAGCCCAGGAGAACAAACAAAGCAAGGUGACAAUAUCAGAGAGUUUCUGCUGAGUCUCAGAUACUUUCGGAUCUUCAUUGCCUUGUGGAAUGUCUUCAUGAUGUUCUGCAUGAUUGUGUAA